CUCUCCAAGCUCAGAGUUCAUAGACUGAUGAUCUGUCUUAGUGUGAAUCAAUCUGACUUAUUAUAUAUGAUCUCUGAUUAAAUGAUAGCAGCUUAUGUUUAGAGGGUGUUUUGCAUGAGUUAACUUCAUGCAGGAGAUAGGCAGCUAUGAUUGUAUAUUUUUUUUAAAUAAUUUUGUAGAGUGGAGAUUAAAUUUGAGUGGAGAUUAAUUUCAGUUUGACCGUUCAUGCCUACCUUUUCUUAUAAAAAAUGUUUAACUGUGUAUGUUGCUGGUUAUUAUUACAUUAUUGUAUUAUACUGUAUUAUAAGUAGAACAUAUUAUGUUAGAAACCACACAUUAUUUAGAGCAAAAGUAGAAACAACCAGACAUAGGGAAAGUGAGAAAAAAAUGCUGGGAAAUUAUUCAUACAGUAUCAGAGAAAGAGUACACAAUGGUUGUUUAAUUGAGUAUAUCCACAUUAACAUUCACACUGGUAUUCAGUACAGUAAGAAUGGUCAUGGCCCUAAGACUGAUUGGACUGUACCAGAGUAAGUGACCCUCUGUAAAGCCCCCCUUAGCGUUCUAAAUCUGUAAGUUAAUAUUUGUCUUUAUCCUUCUCUCAAAAAAGUCACUAGUAAUGAGCGUUAAAAACCUGAGCAUUCACAGGGUUGGUGUGAGGAGGGCAGAAGAGGGGAGUGAGGAGAGUUAUUCAGCUCUCCAGACUAAACUGUAUAUCUGACUGUUUGACUGUGAUAAGGCUGUGCUCCAUGCUUCCUCACAGCAGCACUUCCUCUGUUUGUUAGAAAGCUGUUGGGUCAGCAUGCUGCAGAUACAGGGAAGCAGAGGGAGGAGGGAGAAUGGGAUAAUAUAGAUAGCCUCAGAUGUUAUUUUGUAUUUGUUUUAUUGUUUUAGAGGGUAGAUCCACUUUAAUAUUGCAGAUAGACUGUGGAUUCAAUGUAAUUGUCUGCAUCAUUUCCAAUCCCCCAUAUAUUUUGCUUCUUUAUUAUUUUCCCCUAACCCUAUCACCCCUCCGCUAAUUGGAGUAAACUUAACGGACAACAAAAUGUAGGCUUCAACUUCCAGCUUAUACAUACUAUAUACAUUUUACAGACAUGGUAUGUAUAUUUUAUAUUAGUUAUCUUUUUUUUAUCGUUUUUAUUUGUUUUUAGUACCACCCUUCAGCUACCCUCAACCCCACCCAUUUAUCCCUGAAAACCAUCCACUUUCUAAUUUCUAAUUUCCACAUAUUUUAACUGUGCUCUAAUGUUUCACAGAAGUUCUGAACCUUUCUAUUCUCAUCAUUUCUACAGAUUGUAAAUUAAAGAUGACCAUUUUUACUAAGAGUAUUAUUAUACUGAACAAAAAUAUAAAAGCAACAUUUAAAGUGUUGGUCCCAUGUUUCAUGAGCUGAAAUAAAAAGAUCCCAGAAAUGUUCCAUAAGCACAGAAAGCAUAUUUCUCUCAAAUUCUCUGCACAAAUGUGUUCACAUCCCUGUUAGUGAGCAUUUCUCAUUUGCCAAGAUAGUCAAUCCACCUGACAGAUGUGGUAUAUCAAAAAGAUGAUUAAACAGCAUGAUCAUUACACAGUUGCACCUUGUGCUAGGGACAAUAAAAGGCCACUCUAAAAUGUGCUGUUUUGUCACACAACACAAUACAACAGAUGUCUGAUGUUUUGAGAGAGCGUGCAAUUGGCAUGCUGACUGCAGGAAUGUCCACCAGAGCCGUUGCCAGAUAAUUCAAUGUUCAUUUCUGUACCGUAAGCCGCCUCCAACUUCGUUUUAGAGAAUUUGGCAAUACGUCCAACUGGCCUCACAACUGCAAACCACGUGUAACCACACCAGCCCACGUCCUCCACAUCCGGCUUCUUUACCUGUGGGAUCGCCUGACCGGCUGACGACACCGCUCGUGUAGCAUGUGUGAGCGUUGCAAAAUAAAUUUAGAAAUCUAUAUUAUAGCAAUAUUCUGGAGAUUAUUUCAUUUUCAAAUAACUGAAAGUGCAAGGUUGUAAUCUGAAUGAAUGGAACAAGGCCUUUUUUUAACACGGGGUUCGUCAUUCUUACUAAUCUGCUGGAAAACCAUUUAGGACUUAAGUACAACUUUUGUAUGACAGAAUAUUUUAGUAAGAGGUUCAAUGCUUUAAUAUUUAGUAAUUUCAGCCCUCCCUAUUCAUUAUAUAAAUAGGCCCGUUUCAUUUUGUCUGUUUUGCCAUUCCAAAUAAAGUGGAAUAUUUUUUGCUCUAUAAUUGAAAAAAAAACACAAUUUGCUUGGUCUAGGCAGGGCCAUAAGUAGAUAGGUAAACUGGGAUAUGAUUAAAUAAUUAAUCAGCCUUGAUUCUUGUUUUGACAGUUUGGAGUGAGAUACUCAACAGGAAUGUGUCUCACAUUGUAUCUGUGUAGCAAUAAAAGAUGUGAUCUAAAGAACAGAACAGAAAGACCUAGUGAAUGCAACAGCACAACAGGCGAAACCAGAAGCCAUGACACAACCCAUGCCAACCAGUCUGAGUGAAACAGCAGACAUGAUAACCCCUGUUGUUUGCGACGUGGAUGAUGGAUACUUUGAUGCCAUACUAGGAGCUGUCAUUGCUGCUGUGGUCCUGGUGCUUCUUUGCUUGGCAGUGGUAGUGAUUCGCUACAUGUACCGGCACAAAGGCACCUACCACACCAAUGAGGCCAAGGGCACCGAGUUUGCCGAAACAGCGGAUGCGGCACUUCGAGGCGACCCGGCUCUGCAGGAUGCCAUGGACGAGAGCAAGAAGGAGUACUUCAUCUGAUCUCAGGAGCGGCACCCCCUGCAGUUUACAAUGAACUUGGUCUGCCAAAAUAAGUGUAUUUUGGGGUUGGAGGAUAGAAAAGCUUGGAGAGGGGGUGAAAAUCGCCUCGCCAUACUGAGGCUCAGAGUGACUGUUCAGACAAUCUACCAAAGAAACAUCAGAUGCAUCUUACAAUAAUAUCAAUUCAGUAUUCUUCCCCCUAUCUGCUUCUCUCUCCAAUAUACUUGGCAUAUCACCAAGCAUAUACAGUAUACUUUUCAGAACACUGACUUUGCUAUUAGGAGGCUAUAUUUUUGUGGGGAACAGUGAGGAAAAACGCUUCUUAUGAGGAUCUAAGGCACCCAUAGACACCUAUGCCUUCUGUGGAAAAAGCAAAGAGUAUUCCUAGAACACAGAGUUGUAAGUAAUGGACCCUUCUCAAAAACGUCUAUGAUGAAACUCAAGGAAGUGAAUGGAUGUAGAAUUUCACUACAAGCUCACAAAACAAACUUUAUUUUCUAAUGGUAUUGAACCCAAAGCAAAAUCAAUUUUGUAAUGAAGAAACUUCUCAAUAAAUAGUAGGAGGAAAACAUGGAACAAAUUAUGUGGAAGAAAGUGACCUUUACUGUUCGAAAUGAAUCACCAAUGGGCCCUUACCAAAAUCCUGAAUAUAUCUGGUUGCUCCCGGAAUUACUUUUCAAUAACUUUUGUUUGGAUUGUGAUUGUCAAUUUGUGAGUGUUCACGGGAAUGCCUUUAGCAAUGGUUAAUAACUAGUUAAUUACAGAUCCAAAGAGAUAAAGUGAGAGCUGAACAACCUAAAACUGCAGGAAGACCUUGCCGGAUGAGGUUAGUUGUGAACACCAAAGUGAUGCUCUGUCUUAGACAGGGAGGAUCAGGGUUCAAACAGGUUCCUAAUGACAUUUUCUCACUAGUAGCCGAAAAUCAAUUCCAAGUAUAUUGACAUGCUAUUUAGAUAGCCACAGAAAACCAAACAUAUUGUGGUCUUCCCAUCCUGAUGAUUAAUAAAUUACACUAACUAAAAGUAUUGUGCGGUUUGUGUCCAUAAAAUGUUUAGCAUGAACAUUAUAGACCUGACAUUUUUUGGAUUGAUGCAGAAAUCAAUGAUGACUUUGUGAGCACCAGAGGUUCCUGUAUAAAUGUCUAAGGGUGGAUAAGUGUUGUGAUCUGGUCACGGCCGUAACCAUAUUUGUAGAACUAUUUGUGGGGCUAUUUCUUGGAACACUGUAAUGAUGCUUUUUAAAUUGCCUUGCUAAGGAAAAUAUUGAAGUACAACUCAUUCAGCUGUAACUACACUGCAUCAGUAAAACGACAACUGCAAUCAUUGGAUAUUGUUUGUGACGUUCCGCCAGGAUGAUACUAGACAAAAAUGAGAACACCCAAGGAUUUUUUUUGUCAAUUAAUUUUAUUGUGGUGGAAAUGGCAACUGAAAAUAAGCUGCUGGCUUUGAUUAAUGUGAACUUUUCUUUGUCUCCAUGAUUGCCAAGUUCUAAAAUAAUAGAAAGGACUGUUUUCUUGAUUCAAAAAAGAAGGUUUGUUAGAAGGGACAAUGCAAGAUGGCUCCUCUGCAAAUUAUGCUUUGAUAACUAGUGCUGAUGCAAACAAGUAUAAGACACAUACGCAGCAAUGUAAUUAUUCAUUCUCCUGAGGGCGGACACUUUUUUGUUUUUAGAUCACACCUUAAAUGGAGUGUAAGACAAUUGCUACCAAAAUGUAUUUAAUCUCUGCUGAAGAUAACGAAAUUCUCUCCAGCUUGUAAUUUCCUAACACAAGAUAAAAAUGAAAAGACUUGUAGUAAGAGGAUGCAUGGCUAUGCCAAGGCAUAGCACUUAACAGAAGCUGUUCCAGAACUGAAGAUACCUUGAUCCCAGGAUUGUGCAUCAUUUGUUUGCUUUUGGCCCUCUUUGCAAUAGUGCAUGUCAUUAACUUUCACUAUAAGUGUAUUUCAUACAUUAAUAGCAGCUUUCAAACUGAGAGCUCUCUGUAACUACAGUUCAUUUUUGUUUUUUCAUUCUUAACUGACAGGAGAACACUGACAUUGAGAAACAGAGAGGAAAGAUCUGAGCUAGCCUCAGCGGCAGUAAGAAAUACAACUUUACUCUCUGUUUCUUUUGCACUGUGGGAUUACCAGAUUCAAGUGGCAGGAAUUUACUCUUUACGUCCCCUUCACCUUGAAUGUUUUCUCUGUUGAAUUAUUCAUGUUCACGCAUUAUUUUGAAGCUCAAAUGUUUUAUUUAUUUCCACGAGGUAAAUCCAACUAAAAGCAAAUAAAAGGCAUUCUAAGUCAACUGUACUAUU